UGCUACUGAUAAUUGGUGAUUAAUAUUCCGAGCACCGAAAACUAAAAAAUACGUUUAAGAAUCUUCUGUUCAAAUGUUGUACGCUCUAAUCACCCUGCUACUAUCGCUUUUGGUUGCAUGUUUACUCAUACUAAUCAACCGUUGCAGCGAAAAUGCCGCUGUCAGCCGCUGAAAAACAGAGACGCUACAAAGAAAAGUUAAAAAAAGACCCGGAGAAAUAUGAGGAAUAUAAGAAGAAAAAAAGAGAAUGCUACCACGCCAAGAAGAAGUUAGUGAAGGACCUGACUCCAAAAGAACACUACAAUGCUAAAAUAAUAUGGAAGUUAAGAAAAAAGAAUUUAAGAGAAAAAAGAAAAAAUUUUUCGUUGUUGUUGAUUCAUGAAAAUAUGAAUGAAUACUUUCUGUAAUUGUUAAGAGCAAACACUGUUUAGAAUCUGUUCUUUUAUUUCUUUUGAUAAUACUUAAUGUUUUCUAUUAUAGAAUUACAAUAAUUAAA